AUGACGAUGUUCGUUGUUCGACUUAAGGAAAGGAUUAAAUGCCACGAUGUGAAGCCUAUGUACGACAAAGCGCGCACCUACCUGCUAGCAGCACACCAUGCACAUUCUAUUCUGUAUUCUGCUGUCAUCAUCGGCUUCCACACGGCCAGUACGCAAUACUGUUACUUUCAGGAGCCGACGGUCGUCGCUAGCUGGACAACCGGUGGGCGUUUACCGGGCUAUGGCUACAUUUAA